GCACCUCUAACAACGCAAUUUGUUGUUGUUAUAACUAAAGUUUAUAAAAUGUAUAUUUAUGCGCGGCGGUUGUGGUUGCCAGCUUUUGCACGCGUACAUAUAUAAAAACCAUUUGUUUGCAAGUCAAGCAUUUGAAUAAAAGCCAUUGGGCCGCGCUAAAACAAGGAACUACUUAAUACGUUGCGGAAAAGCGUUUUUUGUUAUUAAUUCAGUUAUUAUUAUUUUCUUGUGGCUGCUGUGCGGGAGUGCGAGGUAGUGAAAGAGUGCGUAAAGAAAGGCGGCGCGAGGAAAGAGCGGAGAAUGACAACGUCGACAAUUAAGCCUGCGGGCAGCGAAGAUGUACCGCCCGUGGGAAAAGGGGUGGUGCGGGACGACCUGGGAAUGGGCAUGGCCGGCGAUGUGGGAGUGGCCGCCGCCGCUGCCGCCAGUUUGACGAAGCGCGACUCCGAAGAGGAUACGUGGGCCUCCAAAGGCUACAAUUACAUCAAUCCGUUCGUCCAUCGCAUCGAAAUCGACAGUCACAUUGAGGUGGCCAAGGUCUAUGUGCUGACAGUACUGCUGCUGCCCAUUCGUGUGGUGGGCUGCGUCUUAUCCCUGAUUUCCGCCUGGAUGUUUGCCUGCAUCGGUCUCUAUGGCAUGACCCUGGAUGAUCUCAAGGAGAAACCCCUCACCGGCUGGCGGAAACAAAUGCAAUAUAUGACGGCACGUGCCAUGCGCAUGGUGUAUACCUCGGGAUCGUUCCACUAUGUGAGCAUGAAGGGUAGAGCGGCAACGCCGAAAGAGGCACCCAUACUGGUGGUGGCGCCGCACUCCUCCUACGUGGACUCCAUCCUGGUCGUGGCCAGUGGCCCGCCCUCGAUAGUGGCCAAGCGGGAGACGGCGGAUAUACCAUUGCUGGGUCGCAUCAUCAACUAUGCCCAGCCCAUUUAUGUGCAGCGUGAGGAUCCCAAUUCGCGGCAGAACACUAUCCGGGACAUUGUGGCCCGUGCUCGCUCCACAGAUGAUUGGCCGCAGGUGGUCAUCUUUGCCGAAGGCACCUGCACCAAUCGCACAGCUCUGAUCAAGUUCAAGCCCGGCGCCUUCUAUCCGGGAGUACCGGUACAGCCAGUGCUCUUAAAAUAUCCCAACAAAUACGAUACGUUUACUUGGACUUGGGACGGACCUGGAGUAUUGCGCCUUCUUUGGCUGACAAUGACGCAGUUCUACAAUCGAUGCGAAAUUGAAUACUUGCCCGUGUAUACGCCCUCGCCGGAUGAAGUGGCCGAUGCCAAUCUGUAUGCCAACAAUGUGCGCGAGGUGAUGGCCAAGGCUUUGGGCGUGCCCACAUCGGACUAUUCCUUUGAGGAUGUGAUCGUUAUGAGUCGAGCCCGUGACAUGAAGAUCCCCUUCCCCGGCGACAUUGUGGAGAUUGAGCGGACCAUCGAGAGGCUGGGGCUGAUCGAGAGCCAGCGCGAUGCCGAGCUGUGCCAGAGCUAUCACCGGCUGUCCAAUACGGACAGAUUGGACAUAAUAACCUUUGCCGAGCUUCUCCAGAUUGAUCUCAAAAAUCCCAAUCUGCACAAGCUCUUUGCCCUGCUCGAUCACCGCCGCAUGGGUGCGGUGAGCCUGAAGAGCUUCCUGCUCUGCUCCCUCUUCUGCAAAUACAAGAACUCCGAACUAAUGACCUUCCUCCGAGCACUGAUCCAUCUGUAUAGCGAAUCUAGCCAACGGAUUGACCGGGAGAGCUUUGUGCGAUUGAUGAGGCACGCUGGCGGCAAGCUGAAUGAACAAAAGGCUCAGGCGCUCUUCUAUGCCCUGGACACGGACAACCUGGGCUAUGUGUCCUUUGAGGCCUUUGCGGAGCACACGGAGAAGCAAAAGUCAAGCUACAAAUUCCUGUACCACAAGUCGGAGCACAUAAGGCGGUCCAAGGCAGCCAACUGAAGCUGCAGGCUGUAAACACCUUGAGUUAUACAUAUAUAUUUCAAGAGGAGGAGCUAAAGGGAAGGAAAGGAGACGGAGGAGACUCUAAGCGAAAAGUUCAACUGUCGAGUGUAUAUUUUUAAUAUUUAUUUAUAUCGUGUAGCGCCACCAACCCCUUACCCCCAUAUAUAUAUAUAUUGUAAUUAAUCUAAUUUGUAAUAUUAUUACAAUAGUUUUUUUUUCCUUUGUUUAUUAUUUAUACUCGCAACUCUACUAAACACAAGUCAUUUCAUCUUUGUGAUUCAAGCACUUACAUUUUAAAGCAUAUGUAGUAUAUGUAGAGAGGCAGGCCAAAAGCCCUUGAAUAUUUCCUAUUUCCAUGGCCAAAAAGAAACACAAAGCCAUAGAUACAUAUAUAAGAUAUUUAGCCCAUGAAGCCCAAUGAACCUUUUGUAACAAAAUUCGCUCUCCUACCUUGACAAGACCAAGAACUGCGAUUCCCAACUAAAACUGACUAGCCAACCACCAAGCACACACACUAUAUACACAUCUUGUACUAUGAUCUAUAUUUUCCAUUUGGGAAAAACACACAAAGCCAAGAGCCAUCAAGAGCACUGUAAAAGCCUUAACUUUUCAUUUUAAUUGAAUACAAAUGAUAAUUAUCAAGCUUAAACGUAAAACUUGAAUAAUUUCAUUUAAUUGAUUAAGCUCACUUCUUCUUGCUGAAAUUUAUGGAUCUGAAUUUAGGGAUCUGCCUUGAUCCGUUUAAACCUUACACAUAUAUUCAGUUAUAAUAGUUCCUUGAGAGUUUCUAGACAUUUCUUGUGCAUUUUUGUGACUUGAACUUAACCACACACCUGGCACAUGGAGAGCAGAGAGAUCACAGCCUGUACUUACUCCCACACAUAUACAUACAUACAUAUAUGUAUGUUAUUACAAAAAGAAGAAAAUUUGUUAAGCAAAGUAAAGAAGGAUGUGGAGAUGACCCAAUGAGUACUAUCCCGUAGUUUUUACCUUUUUGAGACGAUGAACUAUAACCCCUAAGCUAAACGAUCUUAAUUUAUGUGCUACUUAUUGUAAUAGAUAUUAUUAGCGCCCUAAGCCAGCAGAGAUCGGCUGAGAGAAAUCAGCUCAACACAAAAAAUUCAAGUAAAAUAAAAAAUAUAUAUACAUACAUGUGUGUACGAUUUUA